UGCAGCCGCGGAACCCUUUGACAGACGCACAACUGCACACGCAUAUUGGUGGAUAUUUACUCAUGGAAAUUUAUACAUUUGUGUAUUUAAUUAUUUGAUAAACAUGACCCGUUUUAUUUCUAUGGACCAUUGCUAAUCACAGUCCAGUCCCCACAAAUCAGCCUAUAAACGUUUGUUGGGUUUGUGUUUUCUGUACACUUGAGAGGUAAACGUUUGUGUUUUAUCCUGAAAGUUUUGUGAUAGCGUGCUAGUUUAUUUGGAUACCAGACUAUUAAACUUCAGCUAUGACAGAGAAAUCAAAUGAAACGGGAACACAUGGAAUGCUCCAAAAGGACAAGAACCCUGUUGUACAGAGUGCAGAGAUAGGAAAUCCCGCCACACAAAGCUCUGAAGCUCCUGCCAAUGCUAAAAAAAUCAAGAAGAAAAAGAAAGCGGGUGAAGGAAAGGACAAUCAACCAAAAGAGAUGAAAAGCACUACUGAGGAAACCUCUAAACAAGAAAGCACUGAAUUAACACCUGAUGAGCAGCUGAGCCGAGAGUUGGACUGGUGUAUCGAACAGCUGGAGCUAGGGGUAAGAACACAGAAAACAUCCAGCAAACAAAGGGAGGAAGCAAGUCGUGCUUUAAAGACGUUACAUAGCUCCAAAGCCCCCCUUGUGAAGAAGAGACAGGUGAUGAGAGCAAUCUCAGGAGACUACAGGAAGAAGAUGGAAGAGGAAAGAGCCAGACAGUUUAAACUAAUACAGUCAACGAUGAGCUCUGCCCAGGUCAGUGCUGUCUCUGAAGUCAAAUCGGUGUUCCACCGGCGAGCUGAGAGGAACACAGAAUCAACAGACAAAACUGACAGAGGUCCCCAGGAGACAUAUGAACACACAGCUAUGGCUGAAAAAAGCCAAGGAGAAGCAAAACCAUUUGUUUUCACUAAAACAAAAGAGGAGUUCUGCUUCAACUUUAACUUGUGACGGGACUCUGUGAAAUUACCUGUGCCUUUCUGAAGUAUACACUUUAUAAAGUAUUAUAUAAAUGCACUAUGUAGUACCUAAUCUCGAGGUUUUAAGUGCAUUUCAUUAAGCAAACAAUACUGUCAUUCAAAAGUUCAAAAUGUUGUAUACUCCAAUCAGGCAAAAGACCCAUGAAAUGUCAAUAAAGUAAAAAUCA